GACGAUACCUGGUGAGUAUAUGAGGGAAAUGUGCUUCAUUUGCAAUGAAUGUAACAUCGACGACUAAAUGUGAUGAAAUAUGACAAUAACACGUCUAGCCAACCGACUUGUUUGACUACAGGGGCUACCAAAAAUGUAUAUUUUAAUGACGUUAGUGGAUCGCUAGCUACUGUAAAUAUAGUAUAGGGUGGCGCUGCGCAGGCAUGUUAGCAUUACCUAACAAGGUUUACAAUGCUCACAAACUUUAUUUGACCGCUGACAACCCUGUAAAACCUUAGCUAACAUUUAUAUCAACUCAAAGUUGGAAUUCUAUACUAUUUAAUUGACUAUUUUCUUUCGUUUUUUGAUGGCAUGCGUUUGAAGUGUAUGUAUUUGAAUGCAUUCUAUGCAAUGUGACAACCUGAUGGUCAUUGGGGCGUCUUUCUUUGUAAACUGAAAUAAACUGCAUAUGAAGUAAUAAUCCUUUCGGACGCAGAGCUGGUCAAACAGCUGCUGGCAUAGGCAUGUUUUUGAUGUCACUAUUAAUUGACAAAGGACAUUUGAUACGUUCUGAUAUGUAUUCAGUAUCUGUCAUCCUGCAUGUAGCUGUCAUCCGGCAUGUAGUUGUCAUCCUGCAUGUAUCUGUCAUCCUGCAUGUAUCUGUCAUCCUGCAUCUAGCUGUCAUCCUGCAUCUAGCUGUCAUCCUGCAUCUAGCUGUCAUCCUGUAUGUAUCUGUCAUCCUGUAUGUAUCAGUCAUCCUGCAUCUAGCUGUCAUCCUGUAUCUAGCUGUCAUCCUGUAUGUAUCUGUCAUCCUGCAUCUAGCUGUCAUCCUGUAUGUAUCUGUCAUCCUGGAUGUAGCUGUCAUCCUGCAUAUAUCUGUCAUCCUGCAUGUCCUGCAUGUAUCUGUCAUCCUGCAUGUAUCUGUCAUCCUGCAUGUAGCUGUCAUCCUGCAUGUAGCUGUCAUCCUGCAUGUAGCUGUCAUCCUGCACGCAGCUGUCAUCCUGCAUGUAGCUGUCAUCCUGCAUGUAGCUGUCAUCCUGCAUGUAGCUGUCAUCCUGCAUGCAUCUGUCAUCCUGUAUGUAGCUGUCAUCCUGUAUGUAGCUGUCAUCCUGUAUGUAGCUGUCAUCCUGCAUGUAGCUGUCAUCCUGCAUGUAGCUGUCAUCCUGCAUGUAGCUGUCAUCCUGCAUGCAUCUGUCAUCCUGUAUGUAGCUGUCAUCCUGUAUGUAGCUGUCAUCCUGUAUGUAGCUGUCAUCCUGCAUGUAGCUGUCAUCCUGCAUGUAGCUGACAUCGUGCAUGUAGCUGACAUCGUGCAUGUAGCUGACAUCCUGCAUGUAUCUGUCAUCCUGCAUGUAUCUGUCAUCCUGCAUGUAGCUGUCAUCCUGCAUGUAUCUGUCAUCCUGCAUGUAGCUGUCAUCCUGCAUGUCCUGCAUGUAUCUGUCAUCCUGCAUGUAGCUGUCAUCCUGCAUGUAGCUGUCAUCCUGCAUGUAUCUGUCAUCCUGCAUGUAUCUGUCAUCCUGCAUGUAGCUGUCAUCCUGCAUGUAGCUGUCAUCCUGCAUGUAGCUGUCAUCCUGCACGCAGCUGUCAUCCUGCAUGUAGCUGUCAUCCUGCAUGUAGCUGUCAUCCUGCAUGCAUCUGUCAUCCUGUAUGUAGCUGUCAUCCUGUAUGUAGCUGUCAUCCUGUAUGUAGCUGUCAUCCUGCAUGUAGCUGUCAUCCUGCAUGUAGCUGUCAUCCUGCAUGUAGCUGUCAUCCUGCAUGCAUCUGUCAUCCUGUAUGUAGCUGUCAUCCUGUAUGUAGCUGUCAUCCUGUAUGUAGCUGUCAUCCUGCAUGUAGCUGUCAUCCUGCAUGUAGCUGACAUCGUGCAUGUAGCUGACAUCGUGCAUGUAGCUGACAUCCUGCAUGUAUCUGUCAUCCUGCAUGUAUCUGUCAUCCUGCAUGUAUCUGUCAUCCUGCAUGUAUCUGUCAUCCUGCAUGUAGCUGUCAUCCUGCAUGUAGCUGUCAUCCUGCAUGUAUCUGUCAUCCUGCAUGUAGCUGACAUCCUGCAUGUAGCUGACAUCCUGCAUGUAGCUGACAUCCUGCAUGUAGCUGUCAUCCUGCAUGUAGCUGUCAUCCUGCAUGUAGCUGUCAUCCUGCAUGUAGCUGACAUCCUGCAUGUAGCUGACAUCCUGCAUGUAGCUGACAUCCUGCAUGUAGCUGUCAUCCUGCAUGUAGCUGUCAUCCUGCAUGUAGCUGUCAUCCUGCAUGUAUCUGUCAUCCUGUAUGUCACGUAAUCAUGAGUUUCAUUUUUCCAUUUUAAUCACUAAUUUCAUUUCAGUUUUACUCUCAAACUUGACCAACAGUCAUUUCAUUAUUUUGUUACAUCCUAUUAAUUAUUCAUAUUCUUGUGGGAAUGUUGGAAUAUGCUAUUAAUCUAAUCAAUGUAAUCUAAAUUUGUAAUAUGCAUUCAUUCAUGCAUGCGUGCAUUUAUUUCAUUUAUUCAUUCAUUCAACUCUGUGUCACUGCAAAAGCCGUAGCCCUACAGGUCCCCUCCCACUGGGGCAGAGCGCAGAGGAGGAUUUGCCCCGUCAGUCCUUCCUGCCUCCAAGGCCCGCCUCAGAAAGUGCUGAGCUGCUGCUUCCAGAGAGUUGGCGUUCAUCUCUCACCAAGGAGCAGCAGUGGUGGAGGUCGACUUUGGGAGGUCGACACUCACCACUGACCUGGUUACGUGGUGGACGCCUCCCCAGCCACCCGCCUCCCCAAUGCGGGCCGCUCUACAAUCAGCCGCCCGCAUCCCGAACCCCUUCUUCGGAUGUCAGCUGUUCCUUUGGAUGCGGAGGCACCCUAUGCAAGGCUGGGCUCUACAAGACCAUCCAGAGGGUCUUGGACAUCGACUGCUGGUAUCUCAUGGCCACUGAGUACCUGGAUUGUGGUCGGUGUAAGAAGAAGGUCGCGGGGUGGUCACGGGACCUUGUUAAUCAGCUGGAUACUCGGCACCUCUGUCAGUUCCCAGCAAUGUUGACAGUGCAUCACAGACCUACAGCAAGCUGUGUGAAAGUCACAGCGAGUCCUGGAAGCGGAGUUGUAUACGGCACCUCGGCGAGUGCGAGCAGUUUCUGGCCUUGGGCACUGGGCGGCAGUUCACCGAUCUGAAGGUCUGACCCAGGGGACCCCGCUGACGCACCCAGGUCUGGGCCAUCCAGUCCCACCGCCCCUGAAGACAGAAGCUCUCCUGAGGCCCCUGAUUGCCACGAUUCUCCUCACCCUGACCACUCCUCUGAUUCAGAGGUAAUUAUAAUUUACCUUUUGUGUUAUAUGUUGUAUGACUCCGAUGACUUUUUCUCUUUGUUUAGCUAUCCAUCUUCUGGGACUGACCCUGAUCUCUGAUCCAUGGGCCUUGGUGGGGGUGAGGAACCGUCAGGGGCUGUCGGACCGCAGGGUAGACGGUCUGGUGGCACUGUGGCUGGUGCUGCCAGACUUCGACAAGCAGCGCUUGAUCUACCCUGCCCGACGCCAGGAGGGGAUCAUUCAGGGGCGGUUCAAGGCAGCGACGGGGAAGAAGUCCAUUAUCCUUGGAAUAGAGUCUCGCCAACGUUGCCUUCUCGGACUCAACUCGGGCCCUGCAAAUUGGCCGGGCACCAGCCGUUUGGUGGAGGCAAACUCAGUCAGCUCUGUCAAAUCCAUCCGAGCGCCACAGUCUGCCGUCGUCAAGAAGAGCAGGUGGGCUCUCAUUCUGGCAGACUGGCCAUCAGCGAGGGAUAAGCCUAGUUGGUGUUGUAAUGUUAAUGCCAAUAAGAGGAAUUAUGGUGUGUUAUUUUGUGUGUAGAGAUUGCUGACAUUAUUGAAUGUUUAUUGGAUUUACAUUGCAAUAAUUCUCUUUCAUCCUGUUUCCCAAUGUAAACUCUGGUUCAUCAUUAAAACUCCUAGACUGGG